AGAAAGGAGAACUUUUAUAGUACAGCAGGAGUGUCUCUGAGAAUGGUCUGGACUUGUCAUUAUCUUCUGCACUCUGAGCAGGACUCCAAGCCCAACAACAGCAGAUGCCCAACAGCAGCUCCAUCAGCGAGUUCCUCCUGCUGCCGUUGGCAGACACGCGGCAGCUGCAGCUCCUGAACUUCUGGCUCUUCCUGGGCAUCUAUCUGGCUGCCCUCCUGGGCAAUGGCCUCAUCAGCACAGCCAUAGCCUGUGACUGCCGCCUGCACACCCCCAUGUACUUCUUCCUCCUCAACCUGGCCCUUUUUGACCUGGGCUUCAUUUCCACCACUGUCCCCAAAGCCAUGGCCAACGCCCUCUGGGACACCAGGGCCAUCUCCUACACAGGAUGUGCUGCACAGCUCUUUUUCUUUUCCUUCUUCCUCUCAGCAGAGUAUUCCCUUCUCACCAUCAUGUCCUAUGACCGCUACGUUGCCAUCUGCAAGCCCCUGCACUACGGGACCUUGAUGGACAGCAGAGCUUGUGCCACCAUGGCAGCAGCUGCCUGGGGCACUGGGGUUCUCUAUUCCCUGCUGCACACUGCCAGUAUGUUUUCACUGCCUCUCUGCCAAGGGAACGUUGUGAACCAGUUUUUCUGUGAAAUUCCCCAGAUCCUCAAGCUCUCCUGCUCAGGCUCCUACCUCAGGGAAAUUGUGCUUGUCCUUUUUAGUGUCAGUUUAGCCUUUGGGUGCUUUGUUUUCAUAGCUGUGUCGUAUGUGCAGAUCUUCAUAGCUGUGAUGAGGAUGCCCUCUGCACAGGGUUGGCACAAAGCCUUCUCCACGUGCCUCCCUCACCUGGCCGUGGUCUCCCUGUUUCUCAGCACUGCCUUUUUUGCCUACCUGAAGCCCCCCUCCGUCUCCUCUCCAUCCAUGGACCUGAUGGUGGCAGUUCUGUACUCAGUGGUGCCUCCAGCAGUGAACCCCCUCAUCUACAGCAUGAGGAACCAGGAAGUCAAGGAUGCAGUGAGGAAAGUGAUGACCAAAUGUGUUUCAAAAACAUUGAACUGCCCAUCUUUUCGAAUUCAUGACAUGUAAUGCAGCUUU